ACUGUUAACCUCCUGUGGUAUCUUGAGAAUAACCGUUGAUUUAAGUUAAGUUUAAUCGGCUAUGUGUAGCCUGUGAGUAAAUAACGUAUCAUUUUAUGUUUUAACGGUUUAUUCUCACGGUAAAGUGCUGUUCAGACGGUGUGGGAUAAAAUAUACAGAAUUAGCAACGUAAAUGGGAAAACAUUUCAUCUUCUAGUAAUGUCUAAGAAUACUAUGUUUUGCUAAAACAUAUGUUGAAUGUAGCUAGCCUGCUAGCUUAGCUAAGUUUUGAGUAACUUUGUUUCAGGCUACUUUAAGGGACCAUCGUCAAAGUUGUGGGCGGUAGCAGAGGGAGUGUUGUUCACGGCCAUUCCCUUACUGCGCCACUUUAAGUGAAAGGGGAAGCCUUGAAACCUCCAUGUUUGUAUCUUGAAAUUGCGAGCGGAGUUGAGCACCAUAUUGAAUCAAAGUUGCCAACUCCUUGACAAAUGUUUUAUAACUUUCAGACUUCAAACUUCAGCGGGUAUUCGAGCGGAUAACAACACCCGGAGUGUAAUCGACGUGCUGUAGGGCGACUUGUUGCGAUGUUUCUCGGAGCGCUUCAGCUUUGUUUUCGUUCAUGUUAAGUUGGUUUAAUGCGGCACCGAGUCGGCGAACAAUCUCUAACUUUAAAGUGUGAGGUCAGCACUGUGGACCAGACCUGGAUGUGAUGGACAAUCCGUCCUCAGUAAUCACCCAAGUCAGCCGGGAUGAAGAGGGAAAUAAAGCCGCAGGAGAGAGGGGUUCUUCUCCCUCUCUGUCCUCUAAGAAGCCCAGGAGCGGAGGCCUCUUCUCCAGUCUUUUCUGCUGCCUGUGUCGGGACCAGCCUGAACCCCCACCAGUCAACAACAACGCCCCUCUGCUGGUCGAAGAGAACGGAACGGUCUCCAAGAUCCAGGUGAAGCCACUGCUGCCUCCAGUGAAGUCAAAAGACUCUGGAAAGAUCUGUGUGGUUAUAGAUCUGGAUGAGACGUUAGUUCACAGCUCUUUUAAGCCUGUGAACAAUGCAGAUUUCAUCAUUCCUGUGGAAAUAGAUGGAACAGUACACCAGGUGUAUGUCCUGAAGCGGCCCCACGUCGACGAGUUCCUGAAGAGGAUGGGAGAACUGUUUGAAUGUGUCCUGUUCACUGCCAGUUUAGCCAAGUAUGCAGACCCAGUCUCUGACCUCCUGGACAAGUGGGGCGCUUUCCGCUGUCGCCUCUUCCGGGAGUCCUGCGUCUUCCACCGAGGAAAUUAUGUCAAGGACCUGAGUCGCCUGGGUCGUGACCUAAACAAGGUCAUCAUCGUAGACAACUCCCCUGCCUCCUACAUCUUCCACCCCGAUAACGCAGUGCCUGUGGCCUCGUGGUUCGAUGACAUGUCCGACACGGAGCUGCUGGACCUCAUCCCGUUCUUCGAGAAGCUGAGCAAAGUGGACAGCGUCUACUCGGUCCUCAAGCACCAAGGGGCCACAAGCUAACAGUGUUCGACUCCUCAUCUCAGUUCUGAACAAAACGGCGUACAAAACGGAAAUAUACACACACCAGCGAGGCUCCAGCACCAGCUCCAGCUAUCAAUGCCCACCAGAACACAGACUGCUUCACAGCUGACAGAGCCUUCACCCUCCCAGUAUCAAACCAAGAUCACGUUUGGGAGUCUUUCAAUGACUCUGAUGGCGUCAUCACUGCCACCUUCUGGUCAAACAGAAAACUGCCUGAAAAUUACCUUUUAACCCCCCUCCCUCCAUCGUGAACCAGCUUAUGUGAGUGAAUGGACGAAAGGAUGAAUGAAUGUUUUAAGGACAUUUCUGCAGUGUCACUGAACUUGCAGUAGAAUUAACAAAGCAGAGGUCUGUAGCCAUGACUCCUAUGGACACAGACUGGGUACUGGACAUAGACUUCUCUCAUGGAUUCAGCAGUCUGGUCCUGCAAACCAAAGCAGGAUUUGGUAAGCAGGAAUCAAGUGGAAAGGAAUUUUUGGAAAGGUUUACGUACAAAUACACUUGGAUCAGUCGUGUCUUUGAAAGAGCAAAUAGUGUAUAUGUACUGUAGAUGUCUUUUUAAACAUUUUUAGAAUAGCAUUAUCUUUGUCGCGCACCCUAAUCUCAUCAGUUAUCACACUAUUUGUCUGCAGUCAAAAGCAUGUGAUCCUCGGGUGUAAUUUUAGAGGUUUUAGAGCAGUGUGAUCAGGUAUUUUUGAAUAAUCAUGACAGUGUUAUGGAUGAAUCUGAUAAAAAAAAAAGUUUGUUUGAUAAAUUCACCAAUUACAGAAAAGAUUGGACAGCACUUUACAAUUAUAGACUAUAUAGCCUUCCUUCUCACUGCAGUCUAGAAAUUGGUUUUAGCACAAACCCAGCUUAAAAAUGAAUAAUAAAUGGGGAUUAUAAUUAUUUUGGUAUUGAAAAAAUCAAAUCAAAUGUCCUUAUGCAGCAGGAAGCAAUACAAAUUUUUGAUGCAUAUGAACAGAAUGUACACCAUUUUUAACUUAAAGAUACAGCACUGAAACAGAUGAUGACUGUAGUAUUUUUUUUCUCCAAAAACCUGACACUAAUAUGAAUAUCAGACCAUCUGCACACGACAGUGAAAGAACAGCUGCUAAUGCUUAUUGGAUGUGGAUCUCCAAAGGCGGUUGUAAGAUUGAUGGACAGCCAAAAUGCAUUGAAUCUCCACCUGCGUUUCAAUAGAUGUCAUGACCAGUUGAUGCCAGAGACGAGAGGACCAGGAUCGGCUUCUUAAACCACCCGGAAAACGGUCAUUUUUUACACUGCGUCAAAACAGAGGCUCUAUUGGUAUAUGUUCGGUCUUGUUACUUGUUUUAAAGCCACACACAUAAAACUUGAAUUUCUCACAGCAUUUAUGUACAGACUGUCUUUGAAUGGGUAAAGAAAGCUGUAAAAAAGUUAGUUUGGCUUGUCGGUUUUGUUCUCAUAAGCUUCAAAGUACAUCUUUUUAAAGAUUUUUAUCAAGCGGUACACAUACGCUGGAAACAAUUUCAGGACUUUGUAAUAAAAUGUGUGUCGAUGGGUGGGGGGCUGCCAUGAGGACUCAAGGAUAUGUGAGGUGUUGUGCCUGGUGAGCAAGCACACCUCUGAAAACAAAAAGUGGUUUAAUUCAGUCCAGAUUUAAAGGAGAAAUCCACCCUGAAACACUUCAACACUGUUAAUAAACAGCUAUCGCAGAUUUCUCUUACACCUCUGAGGCCUCUGUUAUUUGGCUGGUGGUCAUAUUCUGUUGAACAGACAUAACGUAAUGUUGAGAUAAUUCUAGUGCAGCUACAACAGAUGUGAAACAUGAACAGUAAUUUUUCUGUGUAGUUGCCAUUUUACAUAGAAUUACAUAAAAUAUUCCUGAAAUGUAUUUUGGGAAAUCACUAAGAGCAGCAGUGUGAGAGAAUUUGAGGGUGGAAUUUUCCUUUAAAAUCUCAAUUAUAACAGAUGUGGAGUUAUACAUUGAGCCUGUGCUGCUUUUCUUUUCUUUUUUUAAGCUCUACAUGGUGAUGUUAGUUGGUCAGUUUCUUGAGCUGGUCAGUUUUAAGGAGCAGCCUGACCUCUAGCAGGCAUUUCAAACUCUUGUUAUGUUCUUCAUAUGCAUUGACAAUACCAUGUGUUGACACUGAUGAAUGAAAACGGUGGAUUUGACUGAGAGCCUCGAUAGCAGGCCUGACGCUCAAUGCGACUUUACCUAGAUGGAACAGGGAGGACAGUUAAGUCCACCAUAUUCAGAGCUAUUACGUUAUUUUUCUAUGUUUAACAAGUUGUCAAUCAAAUUAGCCUGUUUCUUUUCUAAGUAAUUACUGAUUUUAAUUCUUUUAUUUUUGCCAUGGAGUGGUCCUCUGAUACAAUAUUUACAGUCUGUUUUCCAAAGGGGAAACACUGAUGUUGCUGUUCAUGCAAGACCUGGUUGGUUACCUCAGAUAUAGUAGGUAAUACAUGGAUCAGAAACACCAGCAAUUGACUAAAAGAAUAGUAUCUUACUGUUGUAGGCACAUAACAGGGUAAUUUUGACAUGUGUUUCAUGUAAGCCAUCAUCACAUGCCUCAGUUAGAUUAAUGCUGAUAUGAUACUGUUGUUUUUUUUUGGAAUUCAUUGGCAAAGUGGAGUAUUUAUAGGAACAGUCAUCUGAUCACAUACAGAACAAGUGUUGUGUCACUAUGGGGCCCGUUCGCUGAUACUGUACUUCUUACACAUUCAGUAGAUAUGUAUAUUUUGUUUUGCACAGUAAUAAAGCAAACAAAUUUCAUUAAUAUAUGGAAUAUUCAUGUUACUGUACUCAUGAUUCAAUAGAUGUAACCUAAUUUUUGACCUUUGUUGUUUUAUCAUACCAAAUUAUAUAUGGACUGUAUGUAAUAAUACCAUUUUUUUCCAUAAAUGCUAAAUGGUCCAA